AACGGAGAACGAAAAGGGUGCGAAAUUAAUAACGUAGUUGUGUUGUGUCUCGUGGUUGGGUUUGAUGAUGGCAAUGGGUAGCGAAGAAGAGAGGGUUCUGGAGAACCAACUCGAACUUCAAUUGCAAGAGCAAAGGGAUUCCCUUUCUGCCAUCGAUCAAGCACUCCUCUCUGAUCCAACCAACCCUGAGCUUCUCGCGGUUCACGAGGAGCUUGUUCAGGCAAUUAGGGAUGCAGAAGAAGGACUCCUUCACCUAAAACGUGCACGAUUGUUACAGGAAGCAGAUUCAGCGCUGCAUAGCACUAAUAUUUUCACUGAAGAAGAGAAAGUGGAGCCCCUGGAUCCAACAGAUGUUGAACCAGAGCCACUGGAGGAAAAAUGUUAUUCUGUUGGAUCUAAAUGUAGAUUCCGUCACAAAGAUGGGCGUUGGUACAAUGGUCAAGUGGUGCAGUUGGAUAAUUCAGUGGCAAAAGUUUCGUUCCUUACUCCUACAUCUGAGAAUAUGCUGAUGUGCAAGUUCUUUUUGCAACAACGAUGUCGAUUUGGUAGUAACUGUCGCCUAUCACAUGGAGUUGAUGUUCAAUUGUCCUCUCUUAAGAAAUAUGUCCCUACUCUGUGGAAACCAUCUCUUGUGGGAUCAAGUAUAUGGGCAGUCUCAAAUGCAAAUGCAGGCACUUGGAGGGAAGCUGAGCUCGAGUCCUGGAACGAAAAAGCUGGCAUUGGACAAGUUGUUUUCCGUGAUGAUGGAAGUUCUGUCAAAAUUGGUGCAGAAGAAAUGGCACUAUCUGAGUAUGCUGAAGUAAGUGACUUAGAGAGUGAUUCCAGCUUAGAGCAAACUGAUUCUAGUGACUAUGAGGAAGAGGAAUUGCAAGGUUUAGGAUUUCUGGAGAGUACCAACCUGCAGAGAGGUAUUCAAACUGAAACAGCUAUAUUUGCCAAGUGGGAGAACCACACUAGAGGUGUAGCUUCCAAAAUGAUGGCUAGUAUGGGAUACAGAGAAGGAAUGGGUUUAGGGGCAACUGGUCAGGGAAUGCUGGACCCCAUACCAGUGAAGGUGCUACCACCAAAGCAGUCCUUGGAUCAUGCACUUGAAUUUCAUAAAGAAGAUAACCGAGAGAAGCAAGGCAAGAAACGGAGCAGGGGCGGUAAGAGAAAACGUGAUAAGAAAUUUGCAGAAGCGGUUCGUGCAGCAAAGGAGGAAGAAGAAUCAGUAUCAGAUGUAUUUGCAUUGAUAAACAAUCAGCUGGCAAUGCAUGGUGAACAUUUCAACAGCGGUUCAAUGAAGAAGCAGCAAAGUAAAGGUUCAGAGGAAGGUAAAAGAGUGGAUAGACGGGCAUUGAUUGCUUAUGAGGAUGAGGUGAAGGAUUUGAAGAUGCGGGUUGAAAAACUUGAACACAUUGUAAAUGCGAACCAAAAAGAGAAGGCUGUUUAUGAGGCUGCAAUGAGGAAAUUAAUUGAAACUCGCAAGGCUUUGGCAGAGGCUGAAGCAGCUCAUGCCUCUGCCUCAAGUGCAGUUGUUAGCAAGGAAAAAGAGAAGAGAUGGCUCAAGUUUUAGUUAGGACUUAUGAUUUAGAAAGACUAGUUCUGUUUCUAGUAGCAUAAAUAUAAUAUGUCUUUAAUUGAUUCAAAUGCAGAUACCUUAAAAAGAAGAAAAAAAGGAAUGGAAAUUGCAUCAUGUGUAACUAUCAAGAUAUUGGUACAUUGCUUGCCUUGUACAUGCUAUGUGAUUAUUCAAUUGAAUGAUGUACGCAUGUAUUUUUUG